AUGAGAAACCAUUCUGGGAUAACAUUAUUCAUCCUGCGGGGACUGACAGAUGACCCUCGGCUUCAGGUUCUUCUUUUCAUUUUUCUGUUUCUCACCUACCUUUUGAGUAUAAUUGGAAACCUUACCAUCAUCACUCUCACCUUGGUGGACCCCCGUCUUAAAACCCCCAUGUAUUUUUUCCUCCGGAAUUUCUCCUUCUUAGAAGUUUCAUUCACAACUGUUUGUAUCCCCAGAUUCCUUUACAGUAUGUCAACUGGGGAUAAUACUGUGACUUAUAAUGCUUGUGCCACCCAGUUAUUCUUUGUCAUCCUCUUUGGGGCAGCAGAGUUUUUUCUACUCACUGCCAUGUCCUAUGAUCGCUAUGUGGCCAUCUGCAAGCCACUGCAUUAUAUGAAUAUCAUGAGUAAUAGAGUCUGCAUUCAGCUUGUUGUUUGCUGCUGGCUGGCUGCAUUGAUGUUAAUCAUCCCACCACUUAGCUUGGGUUUUCAACUGGAAUUUUGUGACUCAAAUGUCAUUAAUCAUUUUGGCUGUGAUGCAGCUCCCAUUCUAGAGAUCACAUGCUCAGACACACAAUUAAUAGAACGAAUUGUUUUAGUCUUUGCUGUAUUGACCCUCAUGAUCACCUUAGUGUCUGUGAUUCUGUCAUACACAUAUAUUGUCAGAACAAUCUUGAAAUUCCCCUCUGCCCAGCAAAGGAAAAAGGCCUUUUCCACUUGUUCCUCCCACAUGAUUGUUGUCUCCAUCACAUAUGGCAGCUGCAUCUUCAUUUAUAUCAAACCCUCUGCAAAAGAAGGGGUGGCUGCCAAUAAGGUGGUGUCAGUUCUUGCAACCUCAGUUGCUCCAGUGAUGAAUCCCUUCAUUUAUACCUUGAGAAACAAACAAGUGGUAGAAGCUUUUAAGGACUCUCUCAAAAAGAUUGCCCUUCUUUCUAAGAAGUAA